AUGGCAGCGACCAAGCUUCAGGGUAGUGGAGCGAUUGUGACGGGUGCCGGCUCCGGGAUCAACCUGGCGUUUGCCAAAGCACUUUAUGACCAAGGCUGUGGCGUGCUCAUUGUGGAUGUAGCACUUCAUAGAGAUGCAGUGGCUUGGAUAGAGUCUAUUCGAGGAUCAAGCAGCAAAACAAAGGUCGUUUUCCAUAAGUCCGAUGCCUCCAAAUGGACGAAGCUAGACGAAGCUUUCGAUGCGUUUGCGGACACCUUUGGUGGUGUACCAUACAUCGUGUGCCCAGGUGCUGGGAUUUACGAGCCAUCGCACAAUGGAUUCUGGAGAGACGACGACGUGGAUGAUCACUAUAAGAUCUUGGACAUCAAUCUGCUGCAUCCAAUCAAAAUGACACGUAUCGCCAUACGCCGAAUGCUCAGGCACAAAUCUCCAGGUAUCAUUUGCUGCGUCUCCAGCAUUGGAGCCCAGAAGCCUAGCGUGAUAACUCCGCUUUACCAUGUGUCAAAAUCAGGAGUUAGUAAUUUCAUCCGCUGCAUGGCCAGCUUGGACGAGAUGGCCGGCAUUCGGGUCGUCGGUGUCGCGCCAGGAAUUAUCAAGACACCUCUCUACUUUGACCACCCUGAGGCCGAACGCUUUAUAGAUAAGGAGAAGGACUUCAUGUUGGAGCCGGAACAUGUCGCGAGGGCAAUGUUGGCUGUUUGCUUCGAUUCAAAGUAUCCAGCGGGCACGGUUCUCGAGGUCACGGAUGUUGAUAAUUGGAGGGAAGUCAUGCUAUUGAAUGAUCCGGGCCCGCAAGGGAGGGCAAUACUUGCAAGUAAAAAGCAGGAAGCACUGUCCGAUGUCCUUGCUAUCUUAGAACAGGACAAACAGUGA